AUGAGCGACAUCACUCACCCCACCAUUAAGGAUGGCUGGUUCUCCGAGCAGUCUGACAUGUGGCCCGGCCAGGCCAUGAACCUCAAGGUUAACCAGAUCCUCCACCAUGAGAAGUCCAAGUACCAGGAUGUCCUCGUUUUCGAGAGCAGCGACUACGGCACCGUCCUCGUCCUCGACAAUGUCAUCCAGUGCACUGAGCGCGAUGAGUUCUCCUACCAGGAGAUGAUCACCCACCUCGCCAUGAACUCCCACCCCAACCCCAAGAAGGUCCUUGUCAUCGGUGGUGGUGACGGUGGUGUCCUCCGUGAGGUCGUCAAGCACGAGACCGUCGAGGAGGCCACCCUGUGCGACAUUGACGAGGCUGUCAUCCGUGUCUCCAAGAAGUACCUUCCUGGCAUGAGCAUUGGCUUCCAGCACCCCAACGUCAAGGUCCACGUUGGCGAUGGUUUCCAGUUCCUCAAGGAGCGCCAGAACGAGUUCGAUGUUAUCAUCACUGACAGCUCUGACCCCGAGGGUCCCGCUGAGAGCCUCUUCCAGAAGCCUUACUUCGAGCUUCUGCGCGAUGCGCUCCGUGAGGGAGGUGUCAUCACCACACAAGCCGAGAACCAAUGGCUGCACCUAUCUCUGAUCACCGACCUCAAGAAGUCCUGCAAGGAGGUCUUCCCCGUCGCCGAAUACGCCUACACCACCAUCCCCACCUACCCCUCCGGCCAGAUCGGCUUCAUGGUCUGCUGCAAGGAUGCCACCCGUAACGUCAAGGAGCCCGUUCGCAGCUGGACCCGCGAGGAGGAGGAGAAGCUCUGCCGCUACUACAACCAGGACAUCCACCGCGCCAGCUUCGUUCUCCCCAACUUCGCCCGCAAGGCUCUGGACGCUUAG